UAAUAAUAAUAUUCCUUGAAGCUCUCUCUCUUGUUCUUUCUUUUAUCAGCUUCUUCUUGAAAUCGCGCGCGGAGAUUUUUGGCUGGCUUUGAUAUUGGAUUAACCUAGCUAGAUGCUUCUGGUUCAUGGGAUUCUGAAUUGGUUUCUGGGGUUGUUUAGUUUCACAGAAAAUAACGGAUUGUUUUCAUCCAGUUUCUCAGAUUAUAGCAACAAUAAUGAUAAGCCUUGGCUAUUGUUCAUCACUUGCCUCGUAAUUCUAGGCUUUGGCUUGUUGUUGCUGCAUUGCACAGAAACUAAACAAUCUGACAACACUACUUUAAAUUAUGGAAAUGAGGAGUUUCAGAGUCUGAUUGAUCUUUUAAAGGAGGAAGAGGAUCAGGAGCAGCCCGGCGAUCAAAUAGGUCUCGGUCUUGUGGCGGUCUACGAGGCCACUGGUGACCGGACGGCUAACAAUGGUGGUGGUCGGAGCGAUGGUGCUUGUUGCGCCUUCUGCGGCAAUUUGAGCACCACAAGGUGUUCAAGGUGCAAGACCGCAAGAUAUUGCUCAAGGAGAUGCCAAGUUCUGCACUGGAGAUUAGUUCAUAAGAAUGAAUGUAGAGAGACAAAAACUGUGGACCCAGAAACACAUCAGUCUCAUGAAGCCUUAAGAAUUGUUAACAAGUCUAAAAAGGAAGGGUUUGAUGAGUGGAAUUCGGGAGUGAAGGACACUGACGGCAGUCACAACGCAACAGGGAAACCCACCCAAGUGUCCGGUGACGCUCUCAGCAAUUGCUUCAGUUGUGCCUUGUGUGGCUGCACAGCCACUACGAGAUGCUCGCGAUGCAAAGCCGUCAGAUAUUGUUCAGCGAAGUGCUUAAUUGAAGAUUGGAGAUGGCAUAAAGUUGAAUGCACUCCGAAGAACGUGGAUUCCGCUCAAACAGAAAGACCUUCUCCGGGAAACGUCGGGUUGCUUGAGAAUCCUCAUCAAGAGGAGGGUCAUGAUCAUUCACCUCAUCCCCUUGCUUUGGGAUUUUAUUCAGAAGGAACCACCAACACCAACCCUCUGAUUAGAGGCUGUCAGGAACCUACUAAGAGACCACAGGAUCAUACAGUGGAAGGGGUGAGAUGCCACGAAGAUGAAAUAGCAAUGUUUAGGAAUGAGAUUAUAUUUCUUAAAGAAGAGCGUGACAAAUGGGCAGCACGAGCAAAUUUUGCUAGACAGAGAUAUCAGAGCUUAAAGAAAGAAUCUGAACACCAGUUGCUUGUCUUGAGUAACGAAAAGAAACUGAUAUCAAAUGCUGAGGCACAAGCUCAAAAUGCGGUUCAUCAUUUAUCUGAGAGGCUACAAGACUUGCAGUUUAAUUCCAUACAGAUUGCAGUCCAAGCAAACUUUGCAGAGAAAAGAAAGCAAGAAGAAUAUAUACAAAAACUGGAGAGUAAAUGUGCUGAAUUGAAGAGGGAACUGCAGAAAGAGUGGGAACACAUCCAAGAGCUUACUGCAGCGCAUGAUGAGAGACAUAAGACUGCUGAAAUUGCCAUGAGAGAAGUUGAAGAGAAAGAAAAAGAGCUCCAAUCAGAGCGGGAAUAUGUCCAACUGUUAAAGGAGGAUUUUCGUAGAGAUGUUGCAGCUGCAGAAUCUAGAACAAUGAUAGCUGAGGCAAGGCUCCUUGAACUUGACAGAAAAAUUAGAUCGAGAAAUGAUAAGGUUGCUGUCUGGACAGACAGUUUCGGCCGACCUGCCAUGGCAUGCGCCAUCUGCCUGAGCAAUGAAAAGGAUUUGGCCUUUGGCUGUGGGCACAUGACCUGCAGAGAAUGUGGAUCAAAAUUAUCGAAGUGUCCCAUAUGCCGAGAACAGAUCACAAGCUUUGUCAGGCUAUAUCCUGGGUGAUCAUUGUAGGGUAUCAAUAUCAUGUACAUAUUCCGUAUGAGCCAUGUCUUGUAUCCAUGUUGAUGCUAGAUAACAAAGCUCCUUACUGGUGCUACAUGUACAUUCCUUUCAACCUUCCCCAUCGUUUUCCCUCCCACCCCAACCAAAUGAUUGGCCGAUACAAUACAUAUCUACUCACACAAUGGUAUGCUGAUUAGAGACAGCAGAAGUAACUUCAAAGUAUGGAAGAAAAUGAAACUUAGACGGGAAACGUGUAGGCAUAUGAGCAUAUCAAGCCACUUUUCAGUAAAACUUCUCUCAAACCUCUAACAUGCUCCCUUGUAUGUUUUUCACUGAUUUGGUGUUUUUAUUUUUUGUAUGCCAAAUCUACAUAAGAAUCUCUAGUUCAUAACCUACAAGUUUGAUGCGUAGGUGGUAACAGUUUGAAGUGUAAGCAUCUUAGUUGUCUUGGUUGUUUGGAAGAGUUUUUCAUUUUUUUUUUUUGACCAUAGAAACAAUUAUGUACUUAUGUAGGAAAUUACAAGAAUGAAUCCUCGAGAGUCUAUGUCAACUCGUCCAAAUGACUGAUAGAGCAUCUUGUCUACACAUGUACACCUCUAGAUUCAAACCUGUUUGACUUCUUCCCUUGUAAACCAUCCACUUGUGAAUAAAUAUGCAAACAUACUAGACA